UAGUUCAGUUGAAUUCCGCCAGCUCUCCAGAAAACUCGCACGAAAGGGAGCUAUAAAACCGUUAAAUUGGAGUUCCUAAACCAACAAAAACGUUAAAAAACGUGUUAAUUGUAUUAUAAUAUCCAAUAAUUAUUGGUAAACAAACUUAUUUUGAGAGUAUUAUAAGAAAAACCCUAGAAAGGAAAAGCAAAAAAAAAGUGAAAAGAAGUGCAACAAAACCAAUAGACAAGCUAAAAGCAAACUGAAAACUUGAGUAAAGUGACAAAAUCCAAUCCCUCGGAUAACAGAGUUAGUUGAACCCUCCGAAUUGUUUAUCCCCGCACAUUGCUCACCUGGUUUUCUUCGCUGGCAACGUAGUCGGCCAUUGAGUUGGCCGAUACCAAACGACCUUCAAAACGUUUUGCGUCGAGGCAAUACGCACCAUGGGCUGCGCACAGUCUGCCGAGGAGCGAGCCGCAGCCGCCAGGAGUCGCCUUAUCGAGCGCAAUCUCAAGGAGGAUGGCAUACAGGCGGCAAAGGACAUCAAACUCCUGCUGCUCGGUGCCGGUGAAUCGGGCAAGAGCACAAUAGUCAAACAGAUGAAAAUCAUUCACGAGAGCGGCUUCACUGCGGAGGACUUUAAACAAUAUCGACCGGUUGUCUACAGCAACACAAUACAAUCAUUAGUUGCAAUAUUGCGCGCGAUGCCAAACCUAAGUAUUCAGUACAGCAAUAACGAGCGGGAGAGCGAUGCCAAGAUGGUAUUUGAUGUGUGCCAGCGGAUGCACGACACCGAACCCUUCUCGGAGGAGCUGCUGGCCGCCAUGAAACGCCUCUGGCAGGAUGCCGGCGUCCAGGAGUGCUUCUCGCGCAGCAACGAAUACCAACUGAACGAUUCCGCUAAAUAUUUCCUGGAUGAUUUGGAUCGGUUAGGCGCAAAGGAUUACCAGCCAACUGAACAGGAUAUCUUGCGUACUCGCGUCAAGACCACUGGCAUCGUUGAGGUACACUUUUCCUUCAAAAACCUCAACUUUAAAUUGUUUGACGUGGGCGGCCAGCGUUCGGAGCGUAAGAAAUGGAUACACUGCUUCGAGGAUGUUACAGCGAUCAUUUUCUGCGUGGCCAUGUCUGAGUACGAUCAGGUCUUGCAUGAGGAUGAAACCACGAACCGCAUGCAAGAGUCGCUGAAACUGUUUGACUCGAUCUGUAACAAUAAAUGGUUCACGGAUACCUCGAUCAUUCUAUUCCUAAACAAGAAGGAUCUGUUCGAGGAGAAGAUCCGCAAGAGUCCCCUGACAAUUUGCUUCCCCGAGUACACAGGUGGACAGGAGUACGGCGAGGCGGCUGCUUACAUUCAGGCUCAAUUUGAAGCGAAAAACAAAUCAACCUCAAAAGAAAUCUACUGCCACAUGACGUGUGCCACAGAUACCAACAACAUUCAGUUUGUAUUCGAUGCUGUCACCGAUGUCAUCAUAGCAAACAACCUGCGCGGCUGUGGACUGUACUAAGGAGGAUUCGCGACAGUGGAUCCCGAUGAUGAUGAUGAUGAUGGCGAUUACGAUGACGAUGUCGAUGAUGUGGAGCAGAAUGGGGGCGUUAGCAGGGAACACCGUAACGGUAUUAAAGAGCAGCGCGGGAGCACAACAACCCACCAGCAUUGAUCAAAAACCAAACAAUUUAGGAGCAGAUGAUAGAGCCAACCAACCAACCAAUCAACCAACCAACCAACCGCAACCACACAGAAAACACAGGACACUGAACACUGAACACUAAACAAGCAAAGCCCAAAGAACUUUUAUUUGUUUAACAAAAAAAACGGCGGACGAACGGAAAUCCCGGACGGAUGAUAUGGAUGGAUGGGAAAUAAGCGACAAGUACAUUACAUAAUAAUAACGAGAAUAUCGAUGCAGAUACACAAUGCUAAUGAUGAUCAGGUCGACAAGCAGCUGACACUGGAACACGCGAGAGAAGUCACAUUUGAAAAUUUGAGAAUUAAAAAAAAGGCAGUUGAUUGAAAGGCAUUUCCUAUAUACAUACAUAUACAAACACAUACAUAUGCAUUAUGCAAAGCCACAUGUACGACAUGACACUAACACACUCACACUCACACGACAUACACAAGCGCCAGCAUUGCAUAAAGUUGUUGUUUGGUCUGAAUAAUUUUUAUAGAAUUUCAUAAUUUAUGUGUAGUUUAGUUUCCUCAUGUAUUUAUUAAACAAAAACCAAACGAGCGUAUAUCUACAUAUACCGCAUAUAUAUAUAUAUAUAUAUAUACAUACACUUCUAUACAUAUAUAUAUAUAUAAAUAUUAUAUAUUAAAUGUUUCCUGUUGCAAUCUCUCUUUAAAAUUAUUCAUGCCAUCAACGCUCUGCAUUUGUCAUGCUUGUUUAGACUUAAGUUCGAAAGUUUCAACAAAAAAACCAGCGGCAAUGGAAAUAAUAAUAUUAAUUUGGUUGCGUGUCAGCGUGUGGGCUAAAGUAAAUAUUAUAUAACAAACCAAAAAAACCAAAACAAAUGAGGAAAUGAAACACAAAAUAUGGAAGGCAAAUCUUUAACGUUUAAGUCUAAUUUAAAGAUAAAUGAAACGGAUAUAAAACGCUAUCUAUUGUAUUUACAAGAACAAAAACGAACUAAAAUCGGAGAAGAGUCAAGUCAAGCAAAGUAUAUGUGGCCACUGAACUAAUUUAUGUAAAGAGCAGCAGUAAGCAGCAGCCAUCGAUGAUUGAUUGAUACAUUUCAAUGUAAAUUGUAAUUUGUUGAAUUUACGUGUAUAGAAGAAGUUUAGCUGGCAAACACACAAACACACACACACAUACACAAUGGACACAAACUAACUAUAAUUUAAUUCACUUAAUAAGCUGAUUUAUUGUAAUUUACAAUGAUUUGUGGCAUUUAUACGAGGAGCAAGGCAAAUCAGCGAAGAUCAAAACAUAAUUCAACUUUUGCAGCGCACAAAAGCAUGCUACAAAUUUUUGCCAUAUCUACGCACACUCCCAAACACACAAAAUAUGAAAAUAUGAAUCAAAAUGAAUGGAACGCAGAACUCAAAUCUCCCACAAUGAAACUAAGGAUUGUAUGUAAUAAUAUAAUAAUUUAUAAAUUCUACUUUUAAUGAUAAACAUCUUCAUACAUGUACCUAUACGUAUGUGACUGUAUCUAGCGAAUGGCAUUUAACCCCGAGUACGUUGAAUUGUUUCAUUAGACUUAUUAUUAUAAUUAUUAUGUAUAUGCUUUGUAUGUAUGUAUUUUGUGCAUUUUGAUUUUACACAACGAUUUAGCUGCAAUGAAUUUAUAUUGUUAUUUAUAUAGUAUUUCUUUUGUAUGUGCCCAGUCUUCUCAGUCUCCUCAUCCUUCUUCUCCCCCCCUUUUACUGGAAGCCUCCUCCCUUGUGCUCUUGCUCUAGUUGGACGGAAAUCCAUUUAUGUUUUAUAGUUUUUAAGCCUAAUUUAUGUAAACGCACACAAAAACACACACACAACUUAAACAUCAACUAAGUAAGUUUAUUAGCGAAAUAAAUAUGAUUUGAUGAUCAACAAAAGGUGAGGACAACUUGCAAGAAGCUUAACGGAAUCGUUUUGAUUUUUUGGCAGCCCCAGCAGAUCCAGUGAAACUUUUCAAAAGUUGUGUUGGCCGCAAGAUCCGUAUAAUUCCCAUUUCUAGAUUUUAAACACCGAUCAGCAAACAUUCACUUCUAAGCAUUUACUUAGGUCAGCCAACACUUUCCCAUUUCCAUGACCCCUCCCCCCCACCCCACCUUUCCCCCCGCCCCUUAUAUAUCCUGGCCCAACCAAAUACUGUAAUAUUUAAUACGUAUGUAUUUUCCAUUCAACUUGUAAAAUUCUACCAAAAAGAUGAAAACAAAAACGCAAAAACCAUUUUCAAAUAAAACUAUUUAUUCAAAAACAAAAA